GACAUGACAAACGCUCCAUAGACACGAUGCCUUCGCAAGUCUCGGUCCAGGAGCUCGGAGACGCCAUCCUUCAGUCAGUCGAACACGGCUCGUUUCCGCAGUCCGAAGAUGUGGCCUCAGCACCCGUCACCUCGACGGUGCUACCGAAGCUGCUAGAGGUCGUGGGCACAGCUCGGGAAAACACGAAAAACGAGAUACGCAAAGUCUGCCGCGAAACCGCUUCUAACGUGGAUGGCUGGAUUACUCAAGCACGCAAACUCCAAAACGAUAUCAAACACUCCCAGGAAACUGCGAAGGAGAUUUUACAGCAAGCGGAAGAAGGCAAAGACAAGGCGGCGCGGGUGCAGGAUGCCGCGACCAAAGUCAGCUUUCUCCAUUCAGAGAUUGCAUACAACGAGAGCCUGGUGCAGGUAGUGGAACAGCUGCAGGAUAUCUCGACGCUGCUGGAAUCCGCACAAAAUGCCGCCGUACAAGGGCAUGUCAUGCAUGCUCUCGAGAGGCUGGAAGAUGCCGAUGCGGCAUUCAAGAGGCUGGGUCCGUUCGAGAAUACAAGAGUGGUGGGCUUGCUCAAGUCGAGGGCCGAGCAGCUGCGCUCCGCAAUUACAGAGAACCUGAAAGAGUUGUGGAAUGCUCUGAUUAUCAUCGAUCCUGCAGAGAGGGAGGUUACCCUGCGCGACGAAAUCGAACGAGGAGCCACCAUAAGCAUCAACACUGUCGUGGAAGGGUUGACGAAGCUCGGCGUGCUCGAGAAUUUCGUCGCGCGCUUGAGCCGGGACUUCGACAAUGUUGUCAUCUCUCCGCGUCUUGUCACCGGGGCCGACCGGGUUGCAUCCUCGUUGGAAAUUGAGGGCGACGUUGUCCAUAUCGUGGGCCACGUUAGCGACAUGAGCGUCAAGGCUGCAUUAGAGGACCUCCAGUCCAUUGCCGAGUAUCUGAACACCCGACUUCCUCCCACUGUUGCUGAACCGCUGUCCGAAAAGCUCGUGCCAGUCAUCGCGUCUCGCUUGAUCGUCAAUUGGCUUCUACCUGCGGUUCCACUAUCUACUGAGGGGGUAUUGGACUUCCAAGAGACUCUCUCUCUUGUUCUUGGCCUCGUAGAGUAUUUCGAUGACCUCGGAUGGUCUGGACAGAACCGCCUGACCGACUGGGUUGACAAGUCUGCGGAAAUUUGGCUGGCACGACAGAAAGAAGCUGCGAUAGCCCAAGUGCAGAAACUCCUUCCGAAGCAGGUGCAAGUGAAGAAGACGGUGGAGCGAGUGGAGACCCAGGUCAUAUCAAAAGGGGAUGCCAUGCUUGGUAGGGAAGAGGACCAAGACGAGGAUUGGGGAGCUGAGUGGGGAGAAGAAGAGGAGCCGGCCGGGGAGGAUACCAAGCCUCAGGCCCAGGAUGUGGAAGAGGAGGAUGUGAGCGCAUGGGGUAUGGACGAUGAGGAGCUUCACAACGAACCUAAAGAACAUCCGAAGGAACAAGCAGGUGAAGAUGCUGACGACUGGGGUGUUGAAUGGGGAGACGAGGAUGAUUCGAAACCAGCUUCAUCGGAAUCCCCUGCAAAGCUUCUGACAGAAGAAAAUAAAGCCAAUGGAAAGGCUGUUACCUCACAGAAACCCGCCGCAGAGAAAGUCGUCACACUGAGAGAGACAUAUACGGUGACAGCUAUUCCGGACUCUCUCAUCGACCUUAUCCUCCAGGUCGUUACCGAUGUUGGCACUCUCAACUCACCAGAGCUAGGCACAUCUGCGAUAGCGCCAGCAAGUGGCGGCUUGUAUGCCAUACCAAGCCUUGUUUUAGCUAUGUACCGAGCCACAGCAGCGACGCACUACUCCAAGGACGAUGCCGCAAACAUGCUCAUCUAUAAUGACUGCACAAGGCUUUCAGACCGACUGCGGACGUUCGUUCAGGAGCAGGCAGAGAAAGAUACGGCAUCAAACCUGCCACAGUACCUUCGCGCAUCCGUUCGGCUAAAACCUAGGCUUGAGGAUGAUAUAAAGGCCAUCGAGACCUUCUCAAAGAGAGCCUAUGGGCGGGAGAUGGAAUUGCAACGGACUAUUAUCCGCGACCACCUUGACGCUGCCCAAGGUUUCUCAGGCUGUACAAACAUGCCCUUCGCGGCCGAAUGCGACAACGCCAUCGCCAUGACGGUCGACCGCAUCGGCGAUGUCAAAAUCCAGUGGAAGAAUGUCCUCUCGCACUCGGUCCUCCUCCAGUCCCUUGGCUCGCUCGUUUCAACCGCUCUUACCAAGUUCAUUGCCGACAUCGAAGACAUGUCUGAUAUCGCCGAGGAUGAGUCGAAGAAGCUGCACGGCUACUGCGUUUCGUUGUCGUCCCUUUCUUCUCUCUUCCAGACGGACGAUGACUCAGGUGAGGCCAGGGAUAUGACGAGCAUCUACACACCGAAUUGGUUCAAGUUCCAGUACUUGAGCGAGAUCUUGGAUUCAAGUCUGGCAGAUAUCAAGUACUUCUGGACGGACGGUGAGCUGAAGCUGGAGAUGGACUCUGAGGAAGUUGUGGACUUGAUCAAGGCUCUGUUCGCAGAGAGUGACUACAGGAGGAGAGCCAUUGCUGACAUCAGGAGGACGAGUAUGCAUUGAGAGGGCCUAAUGUCUUUAUGUAGGCUACUGGUCCUGGGAUCUUUCAAGAAGCUUAAGUGGCCCAGUUAUGCUGGCUGUAGACGUAGCGAUCUGAUGGAUUGAUAACAGCUAGCAGCUAUUAUCCUCCGUAGAAACUUGCAUAUAUGUCUAGCAACGAAGAGCGCG